CCAGCAUCCCGCGCGCCGCCGACCCACUUCCGGAGCCUGCAGACAGCAUGGCGGCGUCCGAGGAGCGCGGUUCACCGGCUGCGGUGCCCCAGACGGCGGUGGAGGAGGCGGAAACGAAAACAUUUAAAGACCUGGGUGUGACAGAUGUGUUGUGUGAAGCUUGUGACCAGUUGGGAUGGACAAAGCCAACAAAGAUCCAGAUUGAAGCUAUUCCUUUGGCCUUACAAGGUCGUGAUAUUAUUGGGCUGGCGGAAACCGGCUCUGGGAAGACAGGGGCCUUUGCUCUGCCCAUUCUGAAUGUGCUGCUAGAGACGCCCCAGCGUUUGUUUGCCUUAGUUCUCACCCCAACUCGGGAGCUAGCCUUUCAGAUCUCAGAGCAGUUUGAAGCCCUGGGGUCUUCUAUUGGGGUGCAAUGUGCUGUGAUUGUAGGUGGAAUUGAUUCAAUGUCUCAAUCUCUGGCCCUGGCCAAAAAACCACAUAUAAUAAUAGCAACUCCUGGUCGACUGAUUGACCACUUGGAAAAUACAAAAGGUUUCAACUUAAGAGCUCUCAAGUACUUGGUCAUGGAUGAAGCAGACCGAAUAUUAAAUAUGGAUUUUGAGACAGAGGUUGACAAGAUCCUGAAAGUGAUUCCCCGAGAUCGGAAAACAUUUCUCUUCUCUGCUACGAUGACCAAGAAGGUGCAAAAACUUCAGCGAGCAGCGCUGAAGAAUCCUGUGAAAUGUGCUGUUUCCUCUAAAUACCAGACGGUUGAGAAGUUACAGCAAUAUUAUCUUUUUAUUCCUUCUAAGUUCAAGGAUACCUACCUGGUUUAUAUUCUAAAUGAAUUGGCUGGAAACUCCUUUAUGAUAUUCUGCAGCACCUGUAACAGUACUCAGAGGACAGCUUUGCUACUCCGAAAUCUUGGAUUCACUGCCAUUCCCCUCAAUGGACAGAUGAGUCAGAGCAAGCGCCUAGGAUCCCUUAAUAAAUUUAAGGCAAAGGCUCGUUCCAUUCUUUUAGCAACUGAUGUUGCCAGCCGUGGUUUGGACAUACCUCAUGUGGAUGUAGUUGUUAACUUUGACAUUCCUACCCAUUCCAAGGAUUACAUCCAUCGAGUAGGUCGAACAGCUCGAGCAGGGCGCUCUGGAAAGUCUAUUACCUUUGUCACACAAUACGACGUGGAACUCUUCCAGCGCAUAGAACACUUAAUUGGGAAGAAAUUGCCUGUCUUUCCAACCCAGGAUGACGAGGUUAUGAUGCUGACAGAACGUGUGACUGAGGCCCAAAGAUUUGCCCGAAUGGAGUUAAGGGAGCAUGGAGAGAAGAAGAAGCGCUCGUGGGAGGUUGCUGGGGACAAUGACGAUACGGAGGGUGCGAUCGGUGUCAGGAACAAGGUGGCUGGAGGAAAAAUGAAGAAACGGAAGGGCCGUUAAUCUCUUUUAUAAAGACUUGAUUUCUGCUUUCUGUUCUGUAAAGAGGAUUGAAGGAGAGAAUGGGACCUCUCCCUCCAGAGCUCUGCAGGCCGAAAUCCAUCAGAAUCGUGUCUAGGGUCUGCCCAGCCCCCUCGGUGCUCAUCCCCCUUGCCGUGUGUUAGAACAUCGUUGCCUGCAGAAUAUUUUCGAAGUGCUGAGGUCAAGACUCGGACUGUUCUUCAGCUUUGGUUCCUUGCUCCUGACGCUAGUAAGAUGUGCUCUCCUAUCCCUUCACACAGACCUGUGCUUUUUUCAGCUGCAAGUCGAGGAUUGGGCUCAUGAAGCCCUUGACCUGUAAUUGUAAAGGAAAGGAGCUUCUAGAUCUAAAAACAGUGAUACUUCUGCAGUCUCAGCUUGUGUUUCAUGAGACCAAAUGGGAAAUAAUAAAUUUAAAUAUUAUUUUU